CUGUUCAAGAUUCAUUAGCUCCUGAGUAAAGCCAGAGAGAGCAUGUCUGCUAUCACUGCAGGAGACAGAGAAUGGAAGACAGCUCACUGAGGAUGGUAACAUGGAAGGCAUCUUUUCGCAUGGCAGUCCACGUUUGCCUGGCAGAGGGUUUUGUAUGUUCAGUUGAUGGUGACAUGACACAGACCGGGAACUCUUCAUACAGCGACACUAUCUUUAUGGCUGUUUUGUUCUUUAGUGUUUCAUAGCCAAUUUCAUGUCAUGCACAACAAUAUAAUGUACACUUUUUUGAGCUCUCACAUUGUUCUUCAAAGAUUUCCUGUGGAGAUGAAAGUAAACUAGAGAAUCUAUUUUAUUGUGGAUCAGUUUGACCCAUUCAAUUAUAAUCAUCUUAUCACCGCACAAACUCUGAUUUAGGGAAGGAAGACGUGUGAUUCACAGGCUGUAAUAAAUUCCUCUCUUGAGUUUCCCCCGCUGUAUCUGACCUCGUGCUUGACGCAGUGUGGUCGUCGAGGUGAUACUCCGUGUCAGUAAUCUCUUUUAACAAUUUAUUUCAGACAGACAGAUCAAACACACCAUUUCCCCCGACGUGGAGUACAGACCGCAGACCUGAGUGACGCCAGUCAAUCAGCUACAUCGCCUUUCACAUGCUCGUGCAUCAUCAACAAAGACGAAUGGUGUGACUGAUAGUCGGCUUCCUUUUCUAGUGUUGUGUUGGUAAGAAUGGAUUUGGCAAUAUAUUUGUAUCGUCAAACUGUAUGUGAAAUAUGAUAUUGUGAAACUUUGCACCGUUAAACGUGAGCAGGAGUCUAGUUUAUGGAAUUGAUUGGGAUCAAUGCCAAUUGUCAAUCGAGCAUGGCAAGAUGAGCUUGAGUCUUGACUCAAAUGGGUGCUGUAAAGUCAAACUGACAGAUGUAGAGUGUGGUAUAGCAGUUAACUAAUGCAUUAUCUCGAUAUUAUAAAACAACAUAUCUGCUUCUGUCUCUUGCAGCCCCAUAUUUGCAGUGACUGGUGUUGUUGUGCCACCCUGUGGUGUUUGCACACAGUGUCCCCCUGCCUCCCUUCUCUGUUUCUCCAUCUACUCUCUGUCGCUCUUUUUUUUCUCACUCUUUCUUGGUUGUUAGGGUGUCUGACUCCUGAGGUCUGCCACUAUGCAGCCUGGAGGAGCACAUAAUGCUGUGUGUGGCCAGAGCCUGCUGUCCAACUCCCUUAGGGUGUAUCUGAACAACAAGACCAGACUGCAGCCCAUCAUCGGUCUGGGCUGUGUGACAGAGUGUGUGACACUCGGCAGGGACUCUGAGGCGGUGUACCUGUGUGAGGUGUGUGUGUGUCGUCUCAGUAAGGCUGAUGUCAGGAGCCACAUCAUGGGGAGUCUCCACAGAUACAACUACAUUAAAUUCCAUCACCCUCACUUUGUGUCAGAGUGGAAGCAGAGUCCUCCUGACCUGUCCAAGCUGGCCCGGCCUCUUAUGGAGAUGGCUCAAAUACUAGAGAAGAGAGAAGGAACCGGGGACGUACAGGUGCUGAAGUUGGAUGCUGCCAUGUAUGACGAUAUGACAACACACAGCGAGAGUGAUGCUCUCAUCCUCUUGCAUGCCAUCAGGACUGGGAGGGAGCAAAGAGAUCUUCAGAGCCAAUCAGUGAAGCAAUCAGUCCAGUCGGAGUAUCUUACCAUCGAGUCACAGAGAACCGUGAUAUCACCUCGGAGGCUGUCCGUCCAACCAGAGAAGCCUGUUGUCCAGCUUGACAAUCGAACCGUCCUAUGGAAGAGUCCGACCACCCAGAGUCGGAACUCAUCUAGCCAAUCUGAGAAGUCCCCUGUGUUGCAGCAGAGUGUCUCUAUCCAAUCACGGCUUAGUUCGUGGGAGGAGGAGGGGUAUCUCCAUGGAAGCAAGCCACUGAUUGGUGCUUCACUGAAGCGUCCUGCCUCAUCAUGGCAGCAUGACCCCUCUCUUUCCCCGACCCCAAAUGUCACAGCUGGAAGUCAGGCGUCUCUGGGCGGGCCUGAGGGGAAGGGGGCGGGACUACGGGGGGUUCCUGCAAAGCUGAUUCGCUGUGAGCCGGUGUUCAAGGUCAGUCUGUCUAUGACGGACGGCCCCUGGCUGUUGGAGAGGAACUCCUUCAGCCUGGAAACCUCCCCCUCCUCCCUCAGACACGCCUCACCCCUUCACUCCCCCACUGUAGAUGCCUCACCCCUUCACUCCCCCACUGUAGAUGCCUCACCCCAACCCUCUCCCGCUCCCUCACAUUUGCUUGGCCAGCCGGGAAACGCACAUGAAAAUACACACACUCCGGGACAUGCACACACUUCGACUAUGAGACUGGGCCCAGCCAUACCUGAUCAGCAGCUGACUAUGGGAGAUGAGGACACAGACCGUCGGUAUCUCGGAGGGGAACAGAGGUUCACUGACUAUGCUUUGUACUAUGGAGAGAAAAACACAACUGACGGUCACUACUCAGUCAAAGAGCAAAACAGUACUGCCAUGGUUUACCUCAGGAGAGAGCAGAACCGAACUGACCAUCUGUAUUCAGAAAAUAACCGACUCACUGACACAAAGUUCCAUGUCCGAGUGGGGCAGAACAACCGAGAAGGCAGUAUUUACCCCGGUCUAGCCUGUGCCAGAGACAUCACUGGGACAGCGUCUGUUGCCGGGCCGAUUCUCUUCACUACUGGCCAUCUCUCGAAGGAGAGCUUGACAGACACUCCUCUAAUGGAAGAAGAACAGGAGGAGGAGAGGGAGAAGGAGUGUCAUUCUGGGGCACAGAGGCUUGCAGAGCAUGACAGGACAACUGACAGUCUGUACUCUACUGGAGAGAGGAUAACUGACAGUGGGUUUUCCACAGGAAGCAGGUCAACUGACAAAAUGUUCCAAACAGGGGAACGAUCAACUGACAAUCAGUCUUUUACAACAGAAGUGACAACUGACCGUUGGUAUGCUACAGGAGAGGAGCUAACUGACCGUCAGUUGAUGGAGGAAGAGGAGCAAUGUAGAGCUGAAAUUCAGAAUGGAGUUGGGCUCAUCGUGGAGGUCAUGGUGGAGGAGGGGGAGAGAUGGGGAGGAAAGGAUGGAGAGAGGGAGGAGAACUCAGACUUUUACUGCCAACAGUAUUUGCAAGGCCAGCCCCCACAACGGCACCAGGCGCAGGGGUUCACAGGAACUCAUAGGGGCGCCGUAGGGCUUCAUAUGGUUGACACAGCAGAUCUCCGACAUGACAUAGCCCUUCAUAGAGAUCAGGCAGGGCCAGCCCUUCACCGAGAAGAGAUGAGCAGUCGUAUGGGUGACAUGGCAGCCAUGCAGCAGGUGCAGUUAUGUGAGGCUGAGGACAGAGAAGCAUGGGCCUACGGAGGCACACAGCUGACCCCUGACACCUAUAGAUCAAGUCCGCAGGGGUACGAGACUGACCCUGGCCCCUACCUGCCAUUCCCAGAGGGCCACAGAAUGAACUGUGACCCCUAUCAAGUGGUUUCUGAUUGGUUUAGAACCACCCCUGGCCCGCACUUCGUUCACUCUAACCCUGACGAGUUUACACCCCAGGUCCUCCCGUACCCCCACAAUACACAGCCCCAGGGGAUUGGACCCCAUCCCCACUCUGGUCCCUUCCCCAUGAAGAUGGGGGGCGUGCAGCCACAGGAGUACAGAAGGCUCCCCAGCCCCCCAUUUAGUUAUGGUGUCUAGACCCUGCCACCCUCAACCCUUCUUUCCAGGACAUGGAGGGUUUCUGUCUCCCCGGCACGGCCCAGCAUUCCCCCCAGCCCUCCCCACUACAGAGGAGCCUACUUGGGCCACAGCCCUCCCCGGAGUCCCUGGGCAGCUCCAGGACCAGGACCUCCCUGGGUCUAACUACCACACACCAUACAUAAAUCCACCAGGAUAGUUAUUUGUGGCACUUUAGACACUUUGUUGUUUUAAAUGGACAGGUGUUUUGUGCAUUUGUUUUAUACACUCUGGGUUCUAUUGUUUUUAUAGCUGUCUUAAACCAACAGAAUCCCAUCCAUUGUAUAAGUGCUGAUUUUGGGUUGUUGUAAAAUGUAGGUACUUCCCCUGUCAAUGUGAUUUCGUGACAUCAUACAACUGUCAACGAUUCAACUCACCGGUUCAAUUCUGUUACCGAUUCAGAUUUAUACAAGACUUGUUUGUUUUAAGUUGUUUGUCUGCUGCCGUCGAGUCAAGAUGGCGCUGAGAUGGAUAAAUAGACGUUGAAUACUGGUUAAAUUUGAUAAUAUUAUGAACUCAGUUUGUGAAACGCCGCUUCAGCGACCAACUACUGAGACAUUAUGAAGAAGGAAAAUAAUCUAUUUUUCAACAACAAAUAUUUUGGUUAAUGCAAAAAAAAAAUCUAAAUGUAAAUAUAACCUAAGGUUUAUUUUACACCGUUAAGGGGGAUCAAUUAGGGGUUCAACAUGGACCUUUCCAGAACUGUCCAGAAGGAGUCGCUGUGUUAGUUUUCAGUUCGACCAGCUGAGGGAAGCAGAGCUGAAUAAGUUGUUUAAAAUGAUGUUCAGAAACACAGCACUUGUUAACAGUUUUAUUUUCAAAUAUUUUUCACACUUGCGAUGUGUGCUUCCCUCCAGGAAGCUUAUUUCAGUGUGACAACAGCUUUGGCCAGUGUUAUAUUUUGACUUUGGUUCACACACCUUUACAUUGGCUUAACUGAGUAGAUUUGAUUCCAUUUGUUUAAUUAUUAGUGUUAAUUUGAAGAUUUUUCCCUAACAAUGUUUAUGUACAGUAGGUACGACAGACUCAGAGCCGCCUCUUCCUAUAGGCAGACUACGCGCUGCACUUUUCAAUAUUUUUUAAUAUAUAUAUAUAUAUAUUUUUUUUUUAAGUAACUGUCAGGUCUCAACUCACUUUUGAAAAGUAGAAUACACCAGGUGAAAUUGACAUUUUGUUGUGUAUCAGCAGUUUCCCACUUAUGACAGUCGCUCAAUGAGCCCAUGUCAGCAAAACAUUUAAGAUUGCUAGGUAAGGUAGUUGAGCCAGGGGCCCUGACCUCCAGGGGGGCCUCCAUUGAUUUUUGUAAUUUUGUCACUCUCUUACAAAUACUUUUGUGUGUGUGUGUGUGUGUGUAUAUAUAGUGGAUUUGGCUAUUUCAGCCACACCCGUGUAAAGCUCGCCACAAUUGGACUCUGGAGCAUUGAAAAGGUGUUUUUCUGGAGUACUGAAUCACGCUUCACCAUCAGGCAGUCCGACAGAAGAAUCUGGGUUUGGCGGAUGCCAGGAGAACGAUACCUGCCCCAAUGCUUAGUGUCAAGUUUGGUGGUGGGGGAAUAAUGGUCUGGGGCUGUUUUUUACAUGGUUUGGACUAGGCCCCUUAGUUCCAGUGAAAUCUUAACACUACAGCAUACAAUGACAUUCUAGAUGAUUCUGUGCUUCCAACUUCGUGGCAACAGUUUGGGGAAGGUCCUUUCCUGUUUGAACAUGACAAUGUCCCUGUGCACAAAGCAAGGUCCAUACAGAAAUGGUAUGGAAGAACUUGGUUGGCCUGCCCAGAGCCCUGACCUCAACCCCAUCGAACACCUUCGGAAUGAAUUGGUACGCCAGGCCUAAUCACCCAACGUCAGUGCCUGACCUCACUAAUGCUCUCGUGGCUGACUGGUAGCAAGUCUCCGCAGAAAUGUUCCAACAUCUAGUGGAAAGCCUUCCCAGAAGAGUGGAGGCUGUUAUAGCAGCAAAGUGGGGACCAACUCCAUAUUAAUACCCCUGAUUUUGGAAUGAGAUGUUUGAUGAGCAGGUGUCCACAUACUUUUGGUCAUAUAGUGUGUCAUAUGAACAUGGCAAAAUGUGUAACUGAAACAUGUCCUCUCGACCUCAUGGUGAACUGUGUAGAAUUCCAGGAUAUUACCUUUGAAACGGCAAGAUGUUCUCUAUGGGGGGGUUCUAAAAGGCUAGAGGCAGCACUGGACAGGCUACUCAGCAAGUGGCAUUGAACUUUAUUUUUUUGGUCAGUUGUGUCUCCCCCACUGCCUAAUGUCAAUUUGUGGGCAUGAUAAGACUUUUCAAGCAGGUCUUUAGCUUAUAUAAUAUGGUUAAUGUAGCACAGCUGGAGUCGAGUAUUUUUUUUUUAUUUGACUUGUUUUUCAUUGAGUCAGUCACUGUUAAUGCUGUAUUUAAGCAUCUCAUACUGUAGUUAAUGUUUUGUGUUGCUGCUGUAUUUGAGUACAUUAUGGCCUUCAGGCUAAUAAAGUCACAGUAUCCAUUGA